UUGCCCACACUCGCACUUCAACAUCAGCAUAAACAUCAUCAGGAACUAGAGCUUUAGCAGCAAGUGAGAAACGAGGAGGAGGAGCCAAAUCCUCUCUCUUUCUUUGGAAUAAGGAUUUCUGAAUCUCUUUCUUUCGAGGUGAAAAAGGGAGUCAAGUGAAAAUGGUCGCGGACAAGAGCAAGAAGGCGAAAACUGAGGAGAAAGUCGAAGAGGAAAACGUGGAGCAAAUCGACGGCGAGCUUGUUUUCUCAAUUGAGAAGCUUCAGGAGAUUCAAGACGACCUCGAGAAGAUUAAUGAAAAGGCAAGCGAUGAGGUCUUGGAAGUGGAGCAGAAAUAUAACGAGAUACGAAAACCUGUCUAUGACAAGCGUAAUGAAGUUAUCAAAUCGAUUCCAGACUUUUGGAUAACUGCUUUUUUGAGUCAUCCUGCAUUAGGUGAACUCUUGACAGAAGAAGACCAAAAGAUUUUUAAGUACUUGAGCUCUCUGGAUGUGGAGGACGCAAAAGACGUUAAAUCUGGAUACUCGAUAACUUUUCACUUCAAUCCCAACCCAUUUUUUGAGGAUGCGAAACUUACUAAGACGUUUACCUUCCUCGAAGAAGGAACAACGAAGAUCACAGCAACUCCUAUCAAAUGGAAGGAGGGCAAGGGCUUGCCAAAUGGAGUGAACCAUGAUGAUAAGAAAGGAAACAAACGUACACUACCAGAGGAGAGCUUCUUUACUUGGUUUACUGAUGCUCAGCAUAAGGAAGAUGCUGGGGAUGAGAUUCAUGAUGAGGUUGCUGAUAUUAUCAAGGAAGAUUUGUGGUCCAACCCUCUCACCUACUUCAACAAUGUAAACAACUUAUCAUUUCACUUUCAAUCAUAUUACUUUUCUGUUGAAUAAAAAAGGUGCUCAAAGA